CGCGCACAGCGAAAUCAACCGUGUUGUGAUCAAGAAUAUGGACCAAACCGUUAGUGCCAUCAUAGAAAACCGAGCACCGUUAGGUCAGUCAAAUCUAAACUUCAACGAUAUACAAGAUCUUCCACUUGAUAAACACUAUCGGCUUUUUACGUUCGCUCACCCGAAGUUCCGGAGAUUCAUCGAUCGUCAAUCCGGGACAUUUCAAGGAAGUGACAAAUACCUUACCGUGAUAACACCGCCUGAACCCGACCUCGACUAUACGGCGCGCGACGAUGGUGAAACUCUUCUCGAAGCUACAAGACAAGAGACUGUAGCUCAACGAAUGUCUCAAAUUCAACUUUUGGACGUGUUCGUGAAUUGGCCGCUAAGACAAUGUAUCUUUAUGUCUAGAGAAAUUAAGUUCGAGAUCGCCAGAGGGGAGGGCCAGAUCACCUAUCCGGUCGUAAUGAAAAUUCGACAUGAAAGCAAACAGGAGAAUCCCACAGAAGUUAUUUUCGGCGAUAUUGUCGUAACCAUUGAAAACGUUCGGUUACACGCCCACGGAAUGAGGGAACUAUAUAAAACGUUGGACGACCUGAUUAAAAAGAAAGGAACGACACGAUUCCACUGUCAGGUGUUUGCAAAUAAUAUAUUUCGCUUUGCGCAUGCUCAUUUCAACACAGCGCUGUCAAUAGUGACGACGAAGGUGCCCGUCGAGUUGACCCUUACAGCAGUGAAGCCAAUGAAAGGCUUCAUGCGGACUCACGUAUUGAAAUUAUGGAAUCCAGACACGAAGGAAUUUGUGCCGAAUCAUGUCAUUAUAAGUGUUUCGUCACAAAUCACCGUAGCAACUGGAGAAUCGAUAUUUUACGGAGAUAUUCUGGCGACGGUCAAUGGUAAGGACACGGGAGUUAUGUCUGUGGCCGAGGUGCAGCGUCAGUUAAGAAGUCGUAUACCAAUACACGUGUCUAUUGUUCAGAUUUCGGUUUUACGACGCAAAGAUUUACAUGAAGCCGGAAUAGGCCACGAGAAAUAUCAGGAACUUAAUCUCGAACGAAUGUCAGUCAACAUAUGAGCCUGUCGAAUUGUUUGUUGCUGACAAUAGCAUUUAGGAGACAGAUUCGUCCACAAGGAACGUCAAUGCUUUUAUUAUUUUGUGGUUGUUAAACGCAUUUCCGUCUACGCGUGCGAAAGAUAGUGUUUAGCAUAAUGUGAAACAGAACUUUCGUAUUUUUUUUUUUAUCUGUAUAUAGAAAAAAAAAAGGAAGGCAGUUG